UAGAAGAAUGAGGUGUAAUUUUGUUGAAACAGAAAAUUCUGAAGGGGCUUACCUUUGAAUUUUCUUUUUAAUAAUGGUGUGCAGUUUCAAGGUAAUCAUUCAGGACUGAGGAGAAAUUUAUGAAUCUAUGUAAUUCUAUGCCCACACAGCCAAAUGCACCAACAUUGAAUAAAUUUAAGGCUCAUUGGAUAAAUUUAGAACUGUGUGGAUUUUUUUCACUUCAGAAUUGAGAAAUGUGGUUGGGAAAGAUGGUAUUGAGGCAAAAGAUUAGUCAUGGAAUAUUGAAUGAUACAGCAGGCCCAAAAAAACCACCUACCUAUUACUCUUGCUUCUUAUUGUCUUAAGCCACAUAAAAAUAGACCAGGAAUCUUGUUUCUUUCCCUAAAAUGCGGAACCAGGUUGGAUGUUACAGUAAUACAUAAACUUAUAAGAUCCUUUUAUUGGCACCAAUUUUGUAUUUCCAGACUUGUUUUGCUUUUGGAAGCUCAGUUCAGAUCCUCGGUCUACUGUGAUGGGAUUUGAACCCUUAUAUAUUGGGAUUGCCCACUCAUGGUCAUUUCAGUGAUUGAUGACUGAGUCUGAUUUGGAGAGUUCUGGGCCACUAACCGUAAGAAUUGGAGCAGAAAUAGGGUGUUGGGAGCAGAUUCUGUCAUCGGUUCAAAGGAAAUUGAAUACAUGAAAAGGAAAGCUUUUGCAAGGUUAAGGGAGUAGUUUGAGUGGUCAUCUCCUCUGAUCUCCAAAAGCCUAAUUGGACAAUCGGGAGAAGAUCCAAAGCAGCCUGAUUUUCUUUUCACUCUCCCCACCCCAAGAAGCAUCUAUUGAUGGAGUUUGUUGAAGAAGGUCUCAAUGGUUGGAAAGGGUGUGAAGCGGAAGCGCCAUGCCGAUGGGGGUCUGGAUUCCUGUCAGAACCUUGCUGACUGUCCGGAGUCCUAUAGCCUCAAGCGGCAGCUGGUACUCAACACCUCCCUGAAUAAGAUGCAGAAUGGGCGGGCACUGCCGGAGCUCAGCCUUCGGCGCACUGUCCUGAUUGCUAACACCCUGCGGCAGAUCCAAGAAGAGAUCCGGCUGGAAAGCAGCCAGCUGGCAUCUGCCAUGGCCUUGGAUUCUGGGUGUUCGGAAUUAGGCAGCCAACGGGAUGUCCCACCUUCGCGGCUGACAACUGAGAGCCACCCCGCUGGAUUCGGCGAUGGCCUUGAGGACUUUACAUCUGCUGCUUCUGAUGAGGACCACUCCCUCUCCUCUGCUAUCAACUCCAUCCUCCGGGAUCUUGACAUCAUUGUUGAUGAAAGCCCUUCACCUUCAAUCCCACAGGACAAUCUGGGCCUGCCAGAAGCAAUGGACACAGCAGCAGAAGACUGGAACAAAGAGGAAAUCCAGUCCACAGAGCCCUGUAGACCUUUGGAGUCAGUUUUUGGCAGCUUUGAAAUCAUGAGCUCUAGUUACCUUGUAGGUGUGACCUUGGAUGACCUUUUUCUUGACAUUGACACCUCUGUGUGUGACUGCGAUGUGGCUACAGUGGGGCCGGCUCCCAGUGGCCGUGCAGUGCCCCCUGGUGUGGCUGAUGACCUGGCUAAGACUUUCACCUCAUGCAAUUCCUCUUCUUCAUUGGGAGCCAGUCCAACUUUAAGAACUGACCUGAAUGACCUGGAUCACAUCAUGGAGAUCCUGGUCAGCUCCUGAGGAGCUACCUCACUGUGACAGGCUACUGACUGACUUCUGCAAGCCAAAGACACACCCCCUCACUUUCGAAGGGCAGCAAUGCUGGCGCAGUCCUGUUGCUCACUUUCUACUCAGGGCUCCAUAUCAACAUGGAGCAGUGUUUCAGAUCAAUGUAUAUGAUUCGGGGAGUUAGGGGCUGUAAAUAAAUGUAAUUUUUUAUCUAUUGGUUUUGGCCCUACCAACAUCAUCGAACAAAUGCCUCCGGGCAGCUGCACAGGGCCUUAUGAGAACAGAUCAAAGUUACUCCUUAUUGUAUCCUAAAAAUAAGGUUGAACAUUUUUUUAAAAAAUUAAUCAUAGUGCUCUAAGUGUGUGUGUAUUGUGUGACUUCUGCUUUUUUUCCAAAAUCUGGAUUUGAAGAUUUUUUGUUUUUAAAUUGAGAUUAUACAAAGGAAGAGUUGUCUUUUUGAGCCUCCCUCCAUUUUGAAUGCAAAGUCAUGCAUGUCAUGUUAAUUGCAAGGGAACUGGAAUGAAGCUGCUGCUGGAAUAAAGCCAUUGACUCAUAUUCUGACUCUACAAUGCAGUUACAAGGGAGGUUCACCAGGCAGGUCCUAACCUUAUCCAAAGUGGUUGUGGUUUUAGACCUGUGGCUUUAUCGAUAUUUUUAAUAAGCCUGUUCAGACCCUAUGAUGCACUUCUGGAGCAGGUGAUCUGAACCUGGGCAUUCUAGCCUAGAGGUAAGAACACUUCCACUGCAUCACAGGAGUCUCCAGACCAACAGCUUCACACUGUUGCCUGCCAGAUGAAUGUGGAUUUCAGGUAGUGUUUAAUUGCUGCAGUUUUCAACUGAGCAAAGAGGGCUAGGCUCUAGAUGUCUUGCUGUUGUUCCAAAAUAUGACACUUAUUGUCCAGCUUUUGAGACCAGAUUUUUUAUUUUACACCCCUUCUCCCCACCCAUGCUCCAAACUUGCACUGUGGAUUUUGAUCUGUUAAAGAGCUUGGAAAGUUAACUGUGUUGAAUCUCAGCCCCAGUCAUCCUGCUGCUGUGGUCCAGAGCAGUCCUAUGCCUUAAUUCUGUUCCUUACAUUGGGAAUCUGGUGGCUGCCAACCUUUCACCUGCAAGCCUCCUUAUCUCCUAAGGAUUCUGAUCUGAAUGGAGUUGUUUACAUUGUCAGCUGCGUAUCUUGCCUUUUCUGAACUUGAACUUGCCAUCCGCUACUGAUGUGGAGGAUAAUGGCUGAAGGUAGACAGUUUGGAGUUCCUUAGUGUGUGACAGGAAUGAAAAUGCCCUUGUCUUCUAAAACGUUUUAACAGUGAACUAGCCAGCCCAAUGGAUAUGGUGUAGAGGUGCUACAGUGAUUCUGUACUGAUAUUUACUUGCUAUUUGUGUUUUUGACUGCUUCAGCAUGUUGUUAAUCUUUAUCUGCAGUAUAUAAAGCUGUCAGAUACGAAUUUCACAGGGUGGAACAACUUAAAUUGCUUUGGAUUUGACAUAGUUUUCGAAGCACCAUUCAGUAUUGUUUAGUAAUUUUUAAAAUGUCUUGAUUUUCUGAUACAGGUAGAUAUUCAGAGCAUGGACACAGCUGUUGAAGGUUGAGGUCCCCUUUUAGUUUUAUAAGCGAAGAUAGGUUAAAUAGCCAUAUUAAUUGAUUGGUAUUUAAUGACCGCACUGUAGGCACAGUUAAAUAUUCUUAAAUCUCUGUUUCAUGAAAGCACAUUGCGUGGAACAGAGUUUUAUAGUAUUGAGUUAACUUUUUGUACUGUGUAUAUGCCACUUAAUUUGUACUGUGUUUAUUUUUCAUGGGGGAUGGUUCAGAUGAAAUAGGUAUGGACUGGGGUGGAGGGGAGGAGGUAGGGCACACAAAGUUCCAAGCCAGUCCUAGCAUUAUCCAUUUCACAAGGCAAAGUUUUUUUUUAAAUGAGAGUAUCAUUUAGCCAAUGCUCCCAGUUCAUGUACUUUUCUUCCCUAAAGGGGAAAUUUGAAAUUUAAUGGGAGCGUCCAAUAAGGGUGAUUUUAUAACUUCGGUAACAUGAAUUUUGUGUGGCAGUGAUCACAAAUCAUGAUGCAACCAAGGUGCUUUUUAACACUAAGUGUGGAAAGAAGCCUCCAACAUAAGAAAUGAUCAUUAGUAAGUUUGGUCCGUAAUCAUGCAGGUUGCUGAACUGAUGCAUGCACUUGAGAUUCUGGUUGGUGGCUUUACUAUGUUGUUAGGGUUCGUCGAGUUAUUCCUACAGGCUGCAAUGUUUACCCCACCCUCUCCCAAAUUUUAACUUUAGACAAUUUAUAUUCCGUACUCUAGGGCAGUACAGUUUGAUCAUUUUUCAGAGGAUGAAGCAGUGGAGAAACCAGUUGCAUGCUUUUGAUUUUUUUUUUUGCUUAUUUUGUCACUUUAUAUAGUAUUGAUUUUGCACCCAGUAUCUUAGGAUACUGAGCAGAUAAUGUGACUUAUUAAUUUUUUUUCUUCCUUCUACCAGUUUUCUCUCUCACUCUCUGUUUCUGCAUUAUGAAUUCUUGUGUAUGAUGUCCUAUGGCUUGAAUCUUCAGUCCUAUUUAAGCCAUGCUUUGAUUGUAUAACUUUGUAUUCCACCUUCCAGAGAAUUUUUAAAAAUCCUCCACACAUCAUGCACCCUCCCAUGGAUGACUGCUUUUGUAUCAUUUUAUACAAAUUAAUUUUAUAGUGGUGGUUUUGAACUUUUAACCCGAAGUAUGGUUUCUGCCAUUCUGUUAGCUGCAGCACCUGAUGUUUAGUUUCCUAUUUAAUUGCCCACUGGUGAAUACCACUCUCAUUUCAUUGUUCAAACUUUGAGAGCUUUUGACACCUUAAGUAUAAGUACUGGGUCUUGGGGAAUAGUGGUGUCACCACCUCUAGGCCAGAAAGUUUGGGUUCAAUUUCUGUCUCUCCUGGAAAUGUCAGAACAUGCCUGAACACAUUAAUUAAAACUCUAUUUUUUUGAGACUUAAAAAUGUGGUGCCCUGUUUAGCCUCCUUGCUGGAUUGAGAACUGCUUCCCAAGUUGGAAGGACUGCACACUUAAUGCCUGUCCCUAGUGUUUGCUUUAUUCUAUGCAAGUUUAACCUCACUGAAAUGAUUGCUUUAAUUUUUUUUAUGUAGUUAUGGAUAAAGGUUUAUGCUUUCACCUUCCCCUAGGCCACGCUUCAGUUUGGAUAUUUAAGAAAUAAAACGGUUGCAAAUAUUUUAAAAGUUUUCACAUUUGUUAAUGGUGCAGUGAAGUGUUCUGUGGGGUUGUCCAGUAGAACUGUUAAGGUAGGGUACACCUUGUACACAUUUUAAAAAAUCUUGUAGUGGGAAUUAAAUUACUGAUUAUGGGAGUGUAGAAUUGGAGAAGGUGAGCAGGAGUCUGCUGUUAAUGGAUGCUUUUGGGAAUAUGAUUAAUUGUUGGUUUAACAAUUGGGGAUUGGCAGUGCUGAGAAUAACGUUGCAGGCUAGCAAGUGUGGAAGAAUGCUCCCUGUUUUGUGCAUCUGGUCCAGGUUGCUUACACUGACCUAGCUUGUCCUGUGCCAAGGUGGCUGUAGAUCAUAUUGUUUCUGGAAUGCGCCUUCCGAUUGUGCAUUUAUGAUUAAUGGCCCAGGAACUGGAGAGGGUGGGUAUGUUGUAAUAAUCUUGUAUUCAGUUGCGAUACGUCUGCAACAUUUACCCCUGGAGGCCAACAGCCAAGCUUGUGGAAACACUCAACAAAUCAAUCAAAAAAGAGAUGGUCAGGCCACUGUUUCUGUAGGACUGCUGGCUGAUCAAUCUCUUUCCCAUUCUGUCCAAUGCGUGUGUUCAUAUUCCUUUUUUGCCCUGGGUGGUAAAAGCUAACUCGACUAUCCAGAAUCUGAACUUCAAAUUGAGAAGUUAACAGUUAUCUUUAAUUGCAAAACAAGGGUCACAAACUGUAGAACACUUCAAGCUAACUUACUAUGGAAUGAUAGUUUUGAUUAUGUCAGUUCAAUACUGGAGAAAGCAGGGGGUUUGAAAAAGACUUUGUUUGUGUGUAUGUAUUAAAAAGACUAUCUUGUUAAGGGAAAAUUAUGUGAAUUUUAUUUAAUGAUAAUAGUUAUAUAUUUAUGGAAAUGUUUAAUGCUGGAAGAUUUGAUUUAAUGCAGUAAGUCCUUUAGAGUGAAAUUACACAUCUACCUGUAAACAGUUCCACACGAACCCAGCACAACUGUUCAACACAGACUUCUGGGGAAUAGCAGUGAACUCGAGAGGUUUUAAUUUGGUUGCAGUUUCUCCUGUCUGAGUGGCGCUGAUAUGCUGAGGUCUGGAUGUACAGGGACUAACUGUGCUCUAGAUUCUUCCUGCAUGACACCUGCCUGUUCAGAGAGGGGUUGAUGCAACUCAUUGAUCUAUUUGCACCUCGUGUUCUCACACAUGCACUUUCCAGUAAAGGUUGCCGAACAGUGAUCUAGCAUGGAACUCUUUACCACCACAAAAGCCUUGAAUAUUAAGGUUUCCUACCACUGUGAGGGGAUUACUUAUGCCCCUAUCUGUUUAAACUGGCUAGCCAGUGUCUCCAGCUCCAAAGUCUGUUCAGUGCUUGUACCUGCAAGUACACCUUGUUUCCUCAUUGGGGUGAGGAUUGUAAAAGGAGCAGUCAUUCUGGAUGUGUGAGGUGCUUGUUAUUUAAGCUGCUAAUGCAGGACCUGGUUGGUACCAGCAGUGUGCUGUGGUUUAGUGUGUCAAGCAGACUGUGGUGCUGCUCAAUUUCUAUGCAAUUACUGUCCAAUGAAAAUGCAGGUAUUUACAUUUUCUUAAAAUAAAAAUUUUAAACA